AUUUUACCAUUGCCUUCACUCUAUCCACAGGUGCAGUUUUCUUUCUCACGAAUCGAAUAUGCUGUAUUUGAGUAGGCCUACUGUAUACUUGUCAAGCACAGCGAGUUUUUUUUAUAUUGAAAGUUUAGGUUUGUCGUAGGCUUCACUCAUGAGGGAGACACCAUGGGACGCAUCCGCCGAAACAGUAAACAUGAGUAGCUACACUUUGUUGACAUCUUGACCAUUCAGAGUUAAAUUAUAAGUCCAUGCACGUGUUCUCAUCUACAUGCAGGAAUUUCUAUUUUGAGGGAUUUUUAUCUCCUCUAAGUUCGAGAGUUCCCAUUAAUUUCUACAACAGUGCUGAUACUGUUCUGUUCUUAUAUAUUAGGCUGUUUGUUUCAGCUUUCCGUCUGAGGUAGCGUUGGAAUAAGUAGCUUAAUUCCAGACUGAAAGGUGGUUAGAUCAACGCAGGCAGUUCUUAGUUUAGUUCGAAAUGUUUUCUCCGAAUGCCUUUAGUCGUCUCGUCUCUUUGGGCCCCUAACUUACAUUUCGCUGAUGGCGUAAUCUUACCAGCUAUUCGCCUACAUAAAGGCACGGUGGGUUUUUUUGUAUUGUGAACAAUUGAAAUGCGUUAAGACCUGCGAUAAUGACAGCCUAUAUCUGAAGGAUAACAGGUUGAUAACAGGUUGACAUUUGUUCCAAUAUCUUGAGUGCAGGUUUUGCUUUGGGUGUUCUCGUGCAUUUGAUGUCAAUUUAGAGUGCAUGAACAUGUAAACAAAUAGGCCUACCUAAAAAGGGCUGCAACAGAGAAACAACAUGUUAAGUGCACAGUAAUAUUGGGGAGCGCUUAUAUUUAUCUUGUCUUCAGAGUUACAUAAUCAUGAUAAGUCCAGAAGCAUUUUUUUUUUUUGACCACCAAAAACGACUUAGCUGCUUUAGCAUGAUGACGCACCUUUUGCAUGAACCUAACCACAGUAGCCUGCCGUUCUGGUGAAAGACACCUGGGAAGGUAUUCCACAAAGUGGGUUUUUGUUAAAACUCUGAGUUUGUUCACCCAGAUGCAUUCACACCAUCCACAGCAUUAGUACAGUUGGAGGCAAUCCCACACUCUCUUGUGAUCUCGGUGUAAAGCGAUUAGAAAGUUUACGGUCUCGAACACUUGGAAAUGAAACCAGUCAUUGUAGUGCAUGGCGGUGCCUGGGCUAUUCCAGAUGAGCUGUCCAAUGCAAGCAUUGAGGGAGUGAAGGCUGCAGCCUGUGCUGGCUUUGCGGUUCUGAAAAAGGGAGUCUCGGCCCUGGACGCUGUGGAGGCAGCAGUGCGAGCUCUGGAGGAUAAUCCAGUGUUUGAUUCAGGUCACGGAGCCGUGCAGAAUACAGCUGGAGAAGUGGAGCUGGACGCCAUGAUAAUGGACGGAAGCACCCUGGCCUCUGGCGCUGUGUCCUCUGUGAGAAACAUCGCCAACCCCGUAACACUUGCCAGAGCCGUGAUGGAACAGACAGACCACAGCAUGCUGACAGACAGAGGCGCUAACUUGUUCGCUGAGAGAGUGGGCCUCCCAACAGUUCCCACCGACACUUUGGUGACCGAGGCAGAGAGGAGAGCCUGGCAGAGCCAAAAGAAUUAUGCUGCUGGGGUGAAGGAACUUUUCAACAAGCAAUGGGUCCAUGAUACAGUUGGUGCAGUGGCUUUGGAUUCCAAUGGUAAUGUUGCCUGUGCAACAUCAACUGGAGGAAUUAGACACAAAAUGGUGGGUAGGGUCGGAGAUUCUCCUAUCAUAGGAUCAGGGGGCUAUGCUGACAACCAGAGUGGUGCAGUAUCAUGCACUGGCCAUGGAGAAUCCAUUUUGAAAGUCACGUUGGCCAGACUCAUUCUCUUCCACGUUGAGCAAGGAAAGGCGGCCCCUGAGGCUGUGGAGAAAGCUCUUCAGUACAUGGGGGAGCGUGUCCAGGGCGGAGGGGGCGCCAUAGCUGUGUGUCCCUCCGGGGAAUGGGCGGCCAAGUUCACCACAGAGCGGAUGGCCUGGGCGUGUGUGGACGGCGAGGCCUUGCACUACGGUCUGAAUCCACGGGAGGACUUUAAAGAGACUCUGUGAGGGACCUCAGUACACACAUCCUAACCCUGUCAUCCUAACCCUGUUGGUGCUAGAGCUAAUAUACUGCCUCUUGGAAUGUUAACAUUUGGAGUCACUAGACUAUACUAGAGCAUGAUGGUCGCUUUGGAUAAAACCAUCUGCUUGAUGCCUGACCUUUUACUUUUUACCUCUGAAUGCAGCAUCAUGUUUUGUGAUCACGUGUUGUGCAUUGAUUAUUAGUGUAAAGUCAAAUGUAGCCUAACAUGAAUAGUUAGAUUUUUUGAUAACUAUGUUUUUCAUUCUGACUUGUCUGGAUUGAUGAUGAAUUUGGCUUCCCUCUUCCAAUGAAAAAGAUGUUCUCCAGGCAUCAGUGUAAUUAAGCAUAUGUUUUUGGGCAUAGCUUCUUCUCCUGCCGAAAAAUGUUGUAUUUUUCUUCUGUCAGGGUCAAAGCAAAGGUGAGAAUGUGGGUAUAUCUGGAGUCUAUAUUAUUUAGCUGCUUUCUGCUACAGGUUGCAUGUAGAGCAAAAUAACAAUUUGAUGUUUAACAAAGGUAUAGUUUCUUCAUGUUAGUUGUCAUUUGAUAAAUAAAACAUAAUGAGAGAAAAA